UUUAAGGGAGAGAGAUACUGACUUGCAGUACAAAGGGCAGAGAGCUGCUGGCAGUACAAUCCAGCUGCUACAGGGAAGAGCUGAGACUGGCUUUUAGGAAAUGCUUCUGUAGCUGGCCCCAGAAGAAGCUGAGGAACCACCAAUUCAAGGCAGGGGCUGCAGAUCUUGUGAAGAUGCUGAUGACUGAGGUGUUUCUUAGAAAUGUUUUCACAGCACUUCUGGUCAUCAGACUGAAACAUGUCACCAUACACUGCAGCAAGCAGAGCAAGCAGAUGAAGUCGUCUGAUAUUGACCAGGAAUUAUUCACUGAAAGCUAUUGCAAAGUGUGCAGUGCUCAGCUAAUAUCAGAAUCUCAGAGGGUGGCACAUUAUGAGAGUCGGAAACAUGCGAGCAAAGUGAGACUUUACUACAUGCUACAUCCCAUAGAUGGAGGCUGCCCGGCCAAGAAGCUCCGAUCAGAAAACGGCAGUGAUGCUGACGCAGUGGACAAAAACAAAUGCUGCACGCUGUGUAACAUGUCCUUCACCUCAGCAGUGGUGGCCGAAUCACAUUACCAAGGCAAAAUCCAUGCCAAAAGGUUAAAACUGUUGCUAGGUGAACAGCCAGCACUAAAGGCCACAGCUCUGCUAUCAAAGUUCUGUUCCUCAUCACCCAAUGUGAACAUGGGCUGGAACACCAAAGAAACCACUCUGAGUUCACUAAAGCAGCCACAUGCGGAUAGUUCUCCUGUGGUGUCUUCACCUCACCAAAGAAGAGACUCAGACAGGUACUGCCAGCUCUGUGCAGCCUGGUUCAAUAACCCCAUGAUGGCACAACAACAUUAUGAUGGCAAAAAGCACAAAAAGAACGCAGCCAGGGCCGACUUAUUACAACAACUAGGGAAGACAUUGGAUCUAGGAGAGCUGCGAGGUCUGAAGCGUAGUUACACUUGUAACAUCUGUAAUGUCACUCUAAACUCAAUAGAACAGUAUCACGCUCAUCUGAAGGGCUCCAAACAUCAGACCAACCUGAAGAAUCAAUAGUGAUUCAUCAGUCAAAAGAAGGAAAAAACAUCAAGAUUUUUUCUGCAAAGAAGAGUCUAUUAACCAAUAAAAAGGAUGCUUUCUUGGACAAUGAGCAUUUCCUAUGUGGAUUCAUUAAUUAACGUAUAACUAAAUCUUCACUUUGGACAAAUACAUGGAUUUUCUUUUUUAAUUUUGUGGUGAGUUAAAAUAUUUGGAUGGAUUUUUUUUUUUACCCUUUCAAGAUAAUAUAUUCAGCACACGGUCUAACUUAUGAUAAAUAUCCUUUAAGAAACAGCAUCUAAACAUCACUCAUCCUCAAAGACAGUGGAAAUAAAAUAUUUUAUUUUUUUCAUAUUUAUUCUUAGAUUUCUUCUGAGAAUAUAAAAUUGCUCUAUUAAAUUAUCCAUGAUUGUGAUGUAAUCAGUCUUCAACCAGAAAUAAACAUGAUUUCU